AUGAAAGGAAACAACCUCCAGCGACAGAGCCCCGCUCUCAGGCGCUGCUGGAGAACCGAGACCGACUUCUUUCUCUUUCCCCUCAUUGGCGCUUCCCUCCCGCCCUCCGCCUCUAAGCCCCGCCGGCUUAAAGUGGCCUUCUAAAGGCAGUUUAAAAAUCAUGUCAAGCUCAAUUGAACAGAAAAAAGGGCCUACAAGACAACGAAAAUGUGGCUUUUGUAAGUCAAAUAGAGACAAGGAGUGUGGACAAUUAUUGAUAUCUGAAAACCAGAAGGUGGCAGCACAUCAUAAGUGCAUGAUGUGUUCUUUGUGCCAUUGUCCUGGAGCAACAAUUGGCUGUGAUGUGAAAACAUGCCACAGGACAUACCACUACCAUUGUGCAUUGCACGAUAAAGCUCAAAUCCGAGAGAAACCUUCGCAAGGAAUUUAUAUGGUUUAUUGCCGAAAGCAUAAGAAAACUGCACAUAACUCUGAAGCAACUGAUUUAGAAGAAAGUUUUAAUGAGCAUGAACUGGAGCCCUCAUCACCUAAAAAUAAAAAGAAAAGUCGCAAAGGAAGGCCACGAAAAACCAACUUCAAAGGGCUAUCAGAAGACACCCGAUCCACAUCCUCUCAUGGAACAGAUGAAAUGGAAAGUAGCUCUUACAGAGAUAGAUCUCCACAUAGAGGCAGCCCUAGUGACACAAGGCCUAAAUGUGGAUUCUGUCACGUAGGGGAGGAAGAAAAUGAAGCAAGAGGAAAAUUGCAUAUAUUUAAUGCCAAGAAGGCAGCUGCACAUUAUAAGUGUAUGUUAUUUUCUUCUGGCACAGUUCAACUCACAACAACAUCAAGAGCAGAAUUUGGAGAUUUCGAUAUCAAAACUGUGCUGCAGGAAAUUAAGCGAGGAAAAAGAAUGAAGUGUACACUGUGCAGUCAGCCCGGUGCUACUAUCGGAUGUGAAAUAAAAGCCUGUGUGAAGACUUACCAUUACCACUGUGGAGUGCAAGACAAAGCUAAAUACAUUGAAAAUAUGUCACGAGGAAUAUACAAACUGUAUUGUAAAAAUCAUAGUGGAAAUGAUGAGAGAGAUGAAGAAGAUGAAGAACGAGAGAGUAAAAGCCGGGGAAAAAUAGAAAAUGAUCAACAACUAACUCUGCAGCAACUUAAUGGAAACUAGGUAUGAAAGAUAAUUGUAUGAGAUCUGUUGUCAGAACGCAGUGCACACUGAUAAAUUCAUGUUGAAGUAAUGCAUACAGUAAGAUUUUCAAUUCCUGUUACAUUUACUUAAGAGCAUGUUACUGGAAUGCUGAGGAUUGUGUAGGCUUGCCUAGUUUUAUGUUUUUUGGUUUUUAACAGUUUUGUAACCAUUAACUCAAGCUAUCUACUUCAUCAAUGAAUGUAGUUUUAAUGUCAAAUCAAUAAUAUAUUCGCACUCCUCAAUAACAUUAUGUUGAUUAUAUUUCCCUCAAGCAUCAUAUUUUACAUUUCUUUAUCAUCUUUUAAACAGGUUCAUGGGACAGAGUUAGAAAACUGGGAAUGAAUAAGACAUCCAUAACUACUAUUCUUUUUCACUGUUUUCUAAAAUCAAAAAAGGGUUUGUAAUUUUUACUGCCCAACUCCUGAUCCUUCAUUAAGCUGCCUAAAAAGUCUUGUUCAUUUUAUGAGCCUCGCUCGACGGCGGAGUUUGACAUGUUGAUAUUAUAUAGCUGUAGCUUUCAGUUUCUGGGUCGCAGUUGAAACACUAUUAACCCUGUGUAGUGUGUCAGCAGUUAAAGCAGGCAUUGAAAUGAAGUAAGCUGUAUUUCUGGACUGAACAAAGUUGUGCUGUUUAGAGUGUUUGAAUGUGUUCAGUGCACCGAUGCUCAAGGGAAGGCAUAAGCAGAUGUUGCUUUACAAUGCAAACAUGCCGCUGCAGGCCACUCUGCUCAUUUAUGGAUUUCUUUUCUCCAAUCCUAAGUAAUGGAGGCUAAAACUGAAGAGAACUCUAUUUUUCUCUUGGCUUUGCCAGCAGAUACUAAAAAUCUCAUCUCAGAGAUGUGCUGAAACUUUUCACUGGGUUCCUGUUAAAGUUGUUCUCACUGAUCAGCUCGGACUGGUACAACUGCUGAUUAUAAGCUAUUAGCUCCAGUGCUUAUGCCAAAAUUCUCUUGACCAUACACCUCUUUUUUUUCCAUGUCGCGCAGAGAGCUUCUGGCAGAAUGAUUGAAUCCUUUCAAGUUCAAAGUAAUGUUUGGCAACAGCAAAUUAAACUUCUUUAAGAUUUAAAAACUUACCACUCUCUAAAGGACUCGAGACAACCAUGUCUGAAACCCGUUCCUCUCUCAAGUGCCCUGUUUGUACGGAAUAAAUACUCCACAUAUUGGCCCAAAAAGUGUAAGGUCUCUUGUGCUAUAGGAGUGAAAAGCAGUCUUUGCAUAGAACAGUAUUUAUUUUUUAACUUUGUGACCACUAUUUUAGAAACCUUAUUUAAUAUUUGUAAUGUCUGCGGUCAUUGCUUUGGUUAUGAUUAAAUAGGCUGCGGUGCCCUGCUUCUUUCGUGGUGGGGCUUGGUAUUGCUUUGUUGCUCACCAGAACUGUUUAUGAAAGCCUAAGAACCCAGCUUUUUAGAAAGGACUUUCACACCGGUAUUUUGAGCUUGUGAUAUUUUCUUCCACUUAUGUGCUAAAGCACAUCUAUAUAUUUCUUUAUGGCAAAACCAAAAAAAAAAAAAAAAAAAAAAAAACAAAAAACCUUCAGUUGUGGUCUGCCUGAUAGUACCAUAACACCUCAAUACCAAGGGUUUCUGAUUUAUGAAUUGCUAGUUACCCUCCCACCAUAAAGCAGAACUGCACAUAAGAAAUCAUGUUGACUAGACUGUACAUUGAAAUAUUCUACCAUGGGUAGAAAGCAUUUUUAAAAUGUAACAGAUGGAAAAUUACACUGUGCUUAAUCACUGAUUUUUUUAAAAACGGCUAGUCCCUUAAAAUCAUACUUGUCAAGUGUGUAUUCACACAUUUACUUAAACAAGGGACUCAAUGCUUGCUUUAUUUUAACAUCUGAUGUUAUUUCUAGAAAGAAACUAGCUUUAUAGUAGGUUGCCCUGUAUGUUUUAUCAUUUUGCUCUUAAUAUGCCAUCAUAUGUAUGUGAUUCAUUUUCAAAAUGUAUCAUGACUUGAAGUGCAAGGACAGAUCUAGAUGUUUGUUUACCAAGCAAUGUGACUUUUCCCAAAGGAUCUGUACUUUAUUUCCUUACAACAGCUUGAAAACCAUUGUGUUUUUUUUAAAAAAAAAAAAAAAAAAACAAAACUUUCGAUCACUGUGUCUACAUCGUUUGUAUAUUAUGUGCCAUAGAAUUUACCCAUGGAGAAACAGAGCUCCUUCAUUUUGGGACAACUACUGUAAUGACUUUUUUUUUUUUUAGGAAAAAUGGAAGGUGCCAGGGGUAAUCAUGGCCAGUCAAUAAUUAUGUAAAGGAUUUCAAAUACUAUAAGCUGUCAGUUGAUGGGUUUGUUAUGUAGUGAAAUGUAUGACUUUGUGUGGGUUUCUUCAGCCCUCUCUGCCACUAGCAACCAGAAUAGCACUUUACCUUUUGGUUGGCUAGACAAGUGGCUGACUACCUGUUUUUCUCACUGUGGUGUGUGAUUGGCUAAAUCAUCUUUCAUGACAAAAUUGAAAUGUAAAUUGAAGUCACAUAAAAAAAAUCUUCUUUGGUUGUAAAUCUCCAAUAUACUGAUUCUGUAUACAUGUUUUUGUCACAUGCUGAGUAAAAGUGCCUUACAAUGUAAAAAUUGUACAGUACUUAUGUUCCCAAGUAGCAUCAUCAUCUUCUGGGUAGUAAUCACAUUGUGGUAUUAAUAUUUAGAAAAAUGGACCUCAGCAGUGUAUUUACUGUACAUCUCUUAAGUCCUUAACUGUAGUUUUAAUAAGCAUGACAUUAUUUGAUAAGUAUAUAACAUUUACAUCAUUUCAAAAAUACUGCCAUUAAUGUUCUUUAUGCAUAUUUUAGCCUGAAAUUUUGAAGCGUCUUUUCCUUUUUUUUUUUUCUAAUGAUAUUGAACAGUGUAAUCUUUGCAAGCGUAUACUGAAGAUUAUUCUGGAGCAUUUAUUGCCUUACCAGAAAUGUUAGUAAAAAAUGUUCUUUAGAAUAGAAAGAUAGAGUUGAGUUUCUAUACUUUAAUAAGAGCUCUUUGUUCCUGGGGGAAGGGGGAGGUGGUGGGGCGGGGGGGGGCGGGAUUUUACUUUCAUCUCAAUCUAUUAAAAACCCACAACUGCAAUCAAUUUUAUUUCAAGAAACACCAGUUUUGGAAUUUCAGGCAGUAGUUGCUCUGAAGUAUGUGCUACUCAAGAUAUUAAGGAAUGACAAGUUCCUUAGGUCUACUAUUGAUCCAGAUUCUAUGUACUUGAACAAAUGUGUGAAUCUCAAAAAUCUCAAAGCAAAAGAGAAAGUGUUCUGGAGUGCUGGUGCUUUUUUAAAAAGCACUAAAAUUUGACAAAGGUAUACAGUUUUGUUCUAACACACAUAACAGACAUUUAAUUGUAAAGAUAAGGAAUGCAUCAUGAGUCAAAUAUCAAACAUUCCUCUCAUGUUCUGUAUAUUUUGUUCCUGUUAUCUUGGCUUUAUUUUCAGGAUCGUAGUUUGUAGUAUAUGUUUCCUUUGGUAUUCUUGCAUAUACUAUUCGUUCAAUAAAUGAGUUAUGACUUU